AUGGAUGAAAGCCCUAAUGGAUUUUUGGCAAAACAACAUCGUUUAUCAGAUUUGAUUCUUUCUUUCUUUUUCAAUUUGUCUACAUUGACUUCAAUUUUUUCUUUCUUUCUUUCUUUCUUUCUUUCUUUCUUUCUUUCUUUCUUUCUUUACUUUUACCUUCUUUCUUUUCUAGGUUCAUUGAGUCGUCCCUUCAGCUUUCUUUCUUUCUUUCUUUCUUUCUUUCUUUUAUUUUUUCUUUCUUUCUUUCUUUCUUUCUUUCUUUCUUUCUUUUAUUCUUUCUUUUUUUGUUUAUUUGUAUGGUUCUUUCUUUCAUUCAUUUCCACUCUGCGUUCACUGGUUCGUCCCUUUAGCUGUUUUUCUUUCCUUCUUUCUUUCUUUCUUUCUUUCUUUCGUUCUUUCUUUUUUUCUUUAUCGGUAUGUUUCUUUCUUUCAUUCAUUUCCAGUUUGUGUCUAUUGACUCGUCCCUUCAGAAUUCUUUCUUUCUUUCUUUCUUUCUUAAUUUGUAUGAAACUUUCUUUCUUUCUUUCUUUUUUUUUUUUUUUUACACAUUCAUUUUCUCUCUUUUUAUCAACGUUUAUUUUUCUCCCUCAUUUUUCAGUUCUUUCUUAUUGUCGCACUUUCUUUCUUAUUGUGUAUGUUUUUCUUUCUUUUUCUCUUAAUUUUCGAAGUCCUUUCUUUCAGGCUUUCUUUCAUAAGGCCGUGAUUUCUUUCUCUCUUUUUGUCCUUCCUUUCUUUCUUAUUUUUAUAAUUGUUGCUUUUUCUGGCAAUUCCAUUCUUUCUUCCUUUCAUGAUCUUUUCUUUACUGUUGUAAUGUUUUCUGUCUUCUUUUUUUCUUUCUUUCUUUCUUUCUUUCUUCCUUUCUCUGUUUUCGAGGCACUUUCUUAUUUACUUCUUUCUUUCGUGCUUUCUUUCUCCCUUCCUAAUUUUAUUUCUUUCUUUGUUUUCUUUUUUACUUUCUGCGGUUUUCCUUUUCCAUUUGGUAGUUCUUUCUUUCUAUCAUUUUCUGGCAUUUCUUUCUUUCUUUCUUUCUUUCUUUUCUCAAAGCGGCCUUUCUUUAGAAUCUCAUUAUCUUUCUCGUACCGUUUUCUUUUCCAUCUUGCAUUUAUUCACUUUCCUCUUUUGCUAUCCAUUCCGUGA